CUGGACAUAAACGGUGGCCAUUGUGCGUAGAUUGGAAUCAACAAACACACGGUCUGUCCGUCAUCGGAAUGACUCAGUGCAUCGUGGUACGGCGAUAACAGACUUUGUGCUCAAUCGGGUGCUUGUGGUGAACUACUUUGUUAAGUUGAUAGUCCCCGCGUUCUCUUAAGAAGUAGGUACACAAAAAAGGGCAAACAUGGACGACAUCUUGAUAGUGUCAUUAAAAUCAAGCGAGGCAGCUGCGUUAUGGGUGGACUAUUUUUCGAAUUAUUUCGACAAAAUCAGCAAGCAGGCUAACAAGAAACCCUUCAAGGUACAGUAUGUCGGUGCCGAAGACAUACUGGGCAAAUCGGUAGAAGACCUCCAAGAACUGCAAAAGAAGUCUUCAGGUGUCAAGUUGCAGCUAGUGGUGGUAUGCCCUAGUUUCAUGGAGUUCAUUGCUCAGAAUAGCGAGGAGUGCAGCCAUCUAGGAAAGAUGCUGUUAGCUGAUCGAGCUCUGGCUCUUCUGCUUGGUGUUACUGAUGAUGAUCUCACUGAUGUUCAUAAAAAAGUAUUACCCUCAUUCUUCCAAUGGCAAAGGCAAAUGGUGGGCCAGGACCAAGAUGAAAAUUUCACCAAAGAAUUCCUGGGACAGGCGAUGGCUAUUCUUUCGAGAAUUUGGAAACAGCAGAGUUCUGUCAUUGCUCAAGAAAAGGCGUGCUUUUCUAUUACACCAAAGAAAAUUAGACAAGGUCAAAACAGCGUAUUCGUAUUAUUAACGUACCCAUUACAAAAAGAAGAUCAAGUGAAGAUAAGCGUCGAACGUAAUGGAGAACUUCACGAAGUUCGCUCCGUAAAAAGGCGCAACCCCUACAUCAUGAAGUUUCAAAUGCCGGAACGAUUGACUGAAGUAACCGCUAUCGUCCACGUGCUCGUAGAGAAGAAUGGGAGUAUUAUAGGCAGCAGACCCUUAAAGUGCGAGAGCAAACUCAGAGAGUUGGAACAGUGUCUGAGGACGGUGGACGAUCCGGUGGAAUUCAUGUGCCAGACACUAGGUUUCAGUCCAGCGGACAAAGACCAUUUAGACAGUUGGUUGGUGCAUGCUCUCCAAAGGAAUAUGCCUCCACAUUUCAACCUUCUGGCCAACAAUGACACUCCAUUUGCAGCGUCUGUACAAGUACACAAACACAGUCCCGAAGAGUACCCAACCCUUCUUCAUUUUGCUGCGAAGUUUGGUCUCGAGAAAUUGGCCAUGCAGUUGCUUGAAUGUCCAGGUGCCGAUCUGGCCUACGAAAUUAGAAAUAACCAGGAUAUGACGCCUUUAGAAAUUUCUGAAAAUAACGGCUUUCCUGAGUUGGCUUCAAUGCUUCGGGGAUACAUGAAUAUGAACGAAUUCACAACGAUGUACUCACAGCUGAAAGAAAUGAGUCUUAACCCCAAGCCCCCAGAAGUUGAUGACGAUGGUUACAUGGUUCCAAAAAACUGCCAAGAGUUCUACAAAAUGUGUCCGGCACCGCGACCCGUAGAAAGUACCCCCGUUACGACUCCUUCAAGUGACUGGUCAGGCACAUACCAAGGGUAUAUGGCCAUGAACACACCUGCCGCUUCGACAUCGAAAGAAGACAUCACAGUACCUGUCACCGUACAUUCUCCCCCUCCCUUUAGAUUUGAAGAUUCCAAAACAUCUUCCAAAGAAGCCUUGAGUCCGGCCCCUUUAGAAGCCGAACUAGUCCCUAAGCAAACGAAGCAAACAGCGAAGAAUAAGCAGAAACUGGAGACCAUGGAGGACAAGGUUCAAAGGGAGUUGCUGGAGAUCAUCAACGAUUUUAAGAACAACGUGCACUCCAUCAGUCAAGUAGAAAAACUUGUAGAUGAAUGGAAAAAUCGUAAUGACGUUCAAAAGUCGUUCAAGGAGAAGCAGCAACAACUUGCUGAAAUGAGAAUGAGGUAUGAACAAAUCCAAUCUGAGAUGAAACGUGCAAUGAAAAAACCUACUCCAUUUGACCGAAUCAAAAAGAUGUUCUGGAGAAAUAAAGACAAGCAGCACUCAGAACCGAUCCUGGUGACCUCGGGACCAACGAUAACGAUAGCUCCAACCCAAAGACCGAUCAGUAGUCUGAGUACAUCAAGUUCAGGAUCUUCUGGGAGGAUGAGCACCAUCAGUGGAUGCAGUCUUGGGGAUAGCGGGACUCACUCUGAUAAUGAGGAAAGGAAGGCGAUGCUGGCAAGCCAUUCCGAAGAUGACUUCAGGAACAAGCUGAACAAAGCUGUUCUAGAACUAAACUACUCAACUGUACCGGCUCCGAAACCAGUCAAGCUGUUUCCAGCCAAAAACACGUUCGAAACUAUACAGGAAAAACCUCUGACAAGGCCAGACAAUCUACCAUUAAGUGAAGAAUUCUAUAUUCAGUUUCCACCAUCAGGACUACCAGUGCCAGGUUUGCAGAAUCCAGAAACAGACGAUUCUCCAAAAACAAACGACUACAUGAACGUUUCAGCUAACUCCACACCACAGGGCCACGAGUAUAUGAACUUCAAAGUCCCCAUGGCCAGAUAAUUGUUGCAGUGUAAUAUAUAUUUAUAUGAAAAAGUCAUUUGUGUAAAAUAUUUAAAAGAAUGUUUUGUAUUAAAGUGAUAUUUAUAUGUAAUUUAUUGUGUUGAUUGUAUUAAAAAGUUUCGUAUGUCAUAUUUUAUGUAAUUUUUUAUUUUGUACAUUUUUAUAAAAUAUAACGACUUUUGUAGUAUGUAUA